CUUUCUUCUCUGCCUGUGCCUUUAAAGCAAAGCGAAAGCAGCUCUGCCAUUGGCGGAUACAAACAGCAACAAUCAUAACCGUUCGCACAUCCUUUUGCGUGGGCAUCGCCUACCAACUGCCCGAGAAGUCCCUCCUUCGAUCGUAUACGUUUCCGCGAGACAUCUUGGCAGUUUUGGGGACCUGCCAGCAACAAGCGCCUCUCCCGCCUCCCGGUUUGGAGCAGCCUGUUGAUGCUCAUGGAGCCAUGGACAGAAAACGUCUCAUCACAGACUCUUUCCAAGUGGUAAAGAAGAAGAAAAGAGGUAGUAAGGAAGUAAAGGCUCAGAGCCCUCUGUGUGAUGCAGAGAGAGUCCAGACAGAAGCCCUCCUACAAGACGCUGUGCAACCAGACCAAGUAGAGUUGUUGAAGCAGUUUGAUCUCAGCUGGGAAUUUGGACCCUGCACUGGAAUCACCCGCUUGCAGCGCUGGGAGCGAGCAGAGUUGCUGGGGCUCAGCCCGCCCACCACAGUGCGAGAGCUGCUGCUAAAGUACAAGGGGAAUCCCACCGUUAUGCACAGCUUGUGGCAAGAAUAUUCACUCUGAAAAGAACAACUGGCAAUACCUCAAACCAAGAAGGAGCCCCUGCUGCUCUGAUGUGGCUGCCAACUGGAUAAUUCCUUCAUUCCUUAAUAGGAAGAAAGGCCCCUGGGAAGAGUUCACAAAGGACUACCCGAGCUGGCACCUGGAGAGAGAGUUCCAAUUCCAAGAUGCCAGCAGCCAGCCUGGACCUUUCCUUAGAAAUUUCUGUUGCGACUUGGAUACAAGAAUAAAAGCUUGUUACGAGAGA